CAACGAUAUCCCGGAUCUGCCUGCGUGUCAACCACUUGUCUAGUCGUUUGUACAGUCCGUCAAACCCGAACAGCCUACUAUAUCACUACUCAACUUUUUAUCGCAUUACAAUUUGGAUAUAUCUGAGACAUGCAGCAAGAGGAGUCAUCGACUAAACCAGCGCUGGCCGCUCGUAUACAAACACGAGCAGCUCAAAAAUACCAAAAGUUUCUAGAUGACCUUGUACCACUUACGGCAGUACGGUGGGUUGUGGUGUCAAUCAUUGCUAUUAUAUACUGCUGUCGAGUCUUCAUCUUGCAGGGAUGGUACAUUGUGACAUAUGCACUUGGAAUUUACAUACUAAAUCUCCUAAUUGCGUUCCUGUCCCCCAAGAUUGACCCAGCAUUAGCAGAACUGGACAGCAGUGACGAUGGUCCCGAACUUCCGACGAGGGCAAACACAGAAUUCAAGCCGUUUAUCAGACGUUUACCUGAAUUCAAGUUCUGGCACAACGUAACAAGAGCAUUUAUCAUUGCAAUGUUUUGUACCUUCUUUGACGUAUUCAAUGUGCCCGUCUUUUGGCCCAUCCUCGUCGUCUACUUCUUUGUUCUGUUUGCAAUCACAAUGAAACGACAAUUGAAACAUAUGAUUAAAUACAAGUACUUGCCGUUCACACACGGCAAGCGACGUUAUCAAGGAAAGGAAGACUCUGGACCUAUUAUAGGUCAAUGAGAUGUUUUAGUGUAGUAGACAUGGCUUUUGAUGGCUCACAUGGGAAUCAUUUUUGGUGACCGAGAUGUAUUAUCUAUAAAUGCUUGGACAAGUUGAUUGAUAUGUCAUUCAGUGUAACUACCUAGUAACUGCAUGUGGAAUUAGAUAGUUUGUAUGGGUA